CUGGCUCCAGCUCACUGGCGAAGGUGUCGUCCAGAACGACAACAACGCAUUCAGCCACUGGCAGGAAGUCAGCACCAAGUCAACUGACCCUGUCAUCAAGUCCAUCGCCACCCACAUGGUCGGGUGGAUGUACUACCUUGGUCGUGGCACUGUCCAGGAUGUGCAAAAAGGCGUCAAGAUCAUCCGGGAUAACAAAUCGUUCACUUUCCGGCUCGGUGAAGACAACUGCUUGGCUGUCUUCAGUGGCGCCAAUUCAGAUUCCACUGCAUCCCAGAAGUUCUUCGAAUUUUGUCUGCUGGGAUCACAACAAGACUGGCUAUGCAGACACCUUAUGGCCGUAUGUCUGCUCUACGGAUUCGGAACCAUGCAAGACCGAACCAAGGCCGCUCGCAUAUUCGAAGAGCUUGCCAACGAUGGUCAUAGCGACAGUCAGUUUUGGAUUGGAAUGUGCUAUUGUUGCGGCGGUGGAGUAUCGCAGGACAGAUCGAAGGCCGCAGAGUGGUUCGGCAAGUCGGCAGACUUGGGCAAUUCAUACGGACAGUGGUGGGUAGGUGUGAGUUAUCUCGGUGGGUUUGGAGUUACUCAGGACCUUCCUAAGGCAGUUGAGUGGCUCCACAAGUCAGCUGAACAGGGCAAUCGAUAUGGGCAGAACGAUCUUGGUUACUGCUACCGAAGAGGCUGCGGAGUGACCGAGAACAUUGGAACCGCCCUCUACUGGUUCCGUAAAUCUGCUGAACAGGGUCAUGAUGCUGCAAUCGACAGCCUUGGAGACUUGAACAAGAGACUCUGA